AGCUGCCGCGCUGGCACAUCUUCCUGGAGGAGGGGAGGGUGCGGCUGCAGAGAAUUGAGAUCUAGACGCUCUGGUUUACUGAAUCUGAGAACGGAGUCAUUGGGGGCUGGGAAGGGGUUUGGGACUGGAACCCUACGGAAACUGAGGAUCAGUUUGCAGGCCGAACUGGAGGGAGGACGUUCUGGAGGCUUCCCCUUUCACCCAGGCUGUCUCUCCUCAGGUUCUGCUCUUGCCAGGCCAACUUGAGAUAUGUCUGACACAAGCAAGAAAGGUACGGGUCCAACCCGCUUCCAGACUGAAGCCUCAGAGAAGGACAGUGGCUUGAAGAUACAGAGCCUAUUGACAGUGACCCAGAACUUGGAGGUCUCAGAGACACAGAAGACCUCAAAGGCACCGGAGGUCCAAGAAGCCAUGAAGGUCUCAAAUGCUGCAGGAGUCUCAAAGACCACAGAGGUCUCAAAGACUCCAGAGGCUCAGGAGACAGCUGCCACUCAGGCCUCACCUACCACUACGCUGACUGAUAUCCAGGUUUUGGCAGCUGAAAAGACGAGUCCGGCAGCUGAUACCAAGAUGCAGAGUGCUGACCCUCAGCCUGUGACACUGUCUGCCACUGAGACCAAAAAGGUCAGCUGUGUGGCUAAUACAAAGGCCCUGGAGACUGAGACUCCUACCUCUCAGGCUUUGGCAGAUGAACCUAAGCCUGAAGGUGCAGCUGCUCAAGCUCAGGAGAAUCAGGAUACUCGGCCCAAGGUCAAGGCCAAGAAAGCCAGAAAGGGGAAGCAUUUGAAUGACGAAGAGGAUGGCAGCAAUGAUCAGAGUCAGACUUCUGGAACCACAGCUGGCCGAAGGGUUUCAAAGGCCCUAAUGGCCUCAAUGGCCCGCAGGGCUUCAAGAGGCCCCAUAGCCUUUUGGGCCCGCAGGGCAUCAAGGACUCGGUUGGCUGCUUGGGCCCGGAGGGCUUUGCUCUCCCUGAGAUCACCUAAGGCUCGUAGGGGCAAGGCUCGUCGCCGAGCUGCCAAGCUCCAGUCAUCCCAAGAGCCUGAAGCACCACCACCUCGGGAUGUGGCCCUUUUGCAGGGGAGGGCAAACGAUUUGGUAAAGUACCUCUUGGUUAAAGACCAGACGAAGAUUCCUAUCAAACGCUCAGACAUGCUGAAGGACAUCAUCAAAGAAUACACUGAUGUGUACCCUGAAAUCAUUGAACGAGCAGGCUAUUCCUUGGAGAAGGUGUUUGGGAUUCAACUGAAGGAAAUUGAUAAGAAUGACCACUUGUACAUUCUUCUCAGCACGUUAGAGCCCACUGAUGCAGGCAUACUGGGAACGUAAGCUGGGAAAGGGCUGGGGUGGAAGGGAGGCUCUGCUUCUGUCUAUGGCACUACCCCAUCCCUGUCAUCUCUCCCCACAUCUCCUUGGAGAGGCAGGAAGACAGGG